AGGGAAACAGAAAAGAGAGAGCACACACAAUGGAUCUAAACUGAACAGUAAUGAAGAAACGGAUGUUGGGUCUGGCCCUUGGGCCUUUGUUUUUCUCACUUCAGCUGCUGCAGCAAGUUUGUUCAAAUGAAUGUAGCAGUAAUCAUUACGUGAUCAAUGUAAUGCUUAUGAAUUACUCGGACUUCCCAUCAACUACUGAUAAUUUGAAAUUAGCUGUGAAGCAAGCCUUGAAAAGGGUACAAAAUGAAGUCCAGCUGAGAGGUAAGAUGACAGGUGUUGGUUAUUCUUCUCCUGCUGUGGUUCCUUGUGACACUUUGUGCCACAGCUUUCUACUCAUCUGACCUCCAGCAAACUGCUCCUCCAGCAGGCUCUCUGCUUAACUGUUCAAUUUAUAUAGAUCUUACAGAAACAAUGACCUCCCUCUGUAAAAACAGAAGUUUUGCCCACAAAUGGGCAGAACCAUAUUUGCUUUCAUGGUGUUUGGGCUGAUUCUUCCUGCAUGCUUUUCUGGAGAUAUUCACUUGGGAUUUGAAAUAUGGGAAUUGCUGAACUGGAUCAGACAAGACCAGUGAUCCAUCUAGUGCGGAAACUGGGAUGACCUUGCUUCCUCUCCUGACUGUAUUAGCUUGUACUUUCUGAAAACAAUUUUUGCCUUGACCCCAUCUGUUUCCCACAUUAUGACUUGAAGUGGGAAGAAUGUGCAGUCUCUCUGUUUUUUCUUCAUUUAGGAUCACUGCAGAAGAUGCUUGUAUUUAUUUUUAUAUGUUACCUCUUCUUUCAAUAUCACCAAUCUACUAUCAUUCUCUAGAAUAUCAUGGGGAAAGGGGUUCCAGAAAAAUGGUAUCUAUUCCCUUUCUGCCCUCUACUUGAAGACUUUGUCAAUUUCAUUGGAAAGUGGUCUCUCAGUUACUUCAUACAGAGUCUUAAAAAAUGUCUCUAAUAAUGGCUAACACUAAAAGUACUUUGUAUUGAAAGUACUAAGGCUCAACAAUAGAAGUCAACAGUCCACACUGCAAAUUUUGGAGCAAAUUUUACAGUUUCAUCCUAAGCAGUGGGGGUUAGGUGGUACAUGGACUUUCUCGCAGGUUUUUGGUGGGAGACAACCUAGAAGAAGACUGCUCAGACCUGUGUAUUAGUAAUUAUCUGCAACUCAUAAUGCUGUUUACUUUUGUGUUUGCAUUACAGAAGAAAAUGUUACAGUCAGUGCCACUUUCCACAGCUUUACCUCAUCACUCUAUGUCUCACAAGGCUGUCGUACCAGCACCUGUGAAGGUGUGGAGCUCAUCAAGCAAAUUUAUAAUAGUGGCACGCUUGGUUGUGUUGUCAUAGGACCCGCUUGCACUUACGCCACGUAUCAAAUGGUCUCAGUUGAAACAGUACUGAGCCUGCCCCUGAUCUCUGUAGGGAGUUUUGGACUGUCGUGUGACUACAAAGUAAACCUAACACGCCUUCUGACCCCAGCCAGGAAAGUGAAUGACUUCUUCUAUUAUUUUUGGAAAGAAUCUCAGCUACCAUUCAAAACCAUAACCUGGGAAUCUGUUUACAUUUACAAAAGGAAUGAAAACUCGGAGCCAUGCCUCUGGUAUAUUAAUGCACUAGAUGCUGGAAUCACACUCUUCUCCGAAAAACUGAAGUACAAAGAGAUUUUAAGGACUCCAGAGCAGCUCCAAAAAACCGUGAAAGAUCCAAACCGAAAAAGCAAUGUGAUCAUCAUGUGUGGCUCUCCAGUUGAUGUCAGCACAGACCUAGGGAUGGAGGAAGUGGAUAAGGACAUUGUUAUCAUCCUGAUAGAUCUCUUCAAUAAUAUGUACUUCAGGAACAACAUCUCAGCCCAUUACAUGCAGAAUGUACUUGUCCUGACUCUGCCACCAGCUAAUUACAGCUUGAAUACCGUAACGACUGAAGAUGCUGUUCUGAUGGAAGAUGACUUUGUUGCUGGAUAUUUUAAUGCAGUCUUGCUAUUUGGACAUAUUCUGAAGAAAUUUAUCUCCUCCCAGAGACCAGUGUCAUCUCUUAGUUUCAUCAACGAAUCCCGAAAUAUCACUUUUGAAGGUGUUCUGGGUCCUGUGACUCUAGAUGAAUUUGGAGACAUUGAUACAAAUCUGACGCUGCUGUACACAUCACAGACUGCAAAUCAUUUCAAAACUCUUCUAUAUUUCAACACUCACAACAACGAGACACACAUGGAGACUGCCAGUCCUGAUUUUGUCUGGAAGAACCACAAGCUGCCCAGUGAUACUCCAAGCACUGGCCCACACAUCUUGACUAUUGCUGUUUUUACACUCACAGGAAUUGUGAUUCUGGUUCUGAUCAUCUCUUUGCUGAUUCUAAGGAAAUACAGGAGAGACAAUGAGCUCCGGUGGAAGAAAUGGUCCCAUAUACCACCUGAGAAAAUCUUGCCUCUGGAAACCAGUGAGACAAGUCACGUUAGUUUGAAGAUCGAUGACGAUAAGAGACGUGACACCACCCAGAGACUGCGCCAAGGCAAAUAUGACAAGAAGGUGGUGAUCUUAAAGGAUCUCAAAAACAGUGAUGGUAAUUUCUCAGAGAAGCAAAAAAUAGAACUGAACAAGCUCCUACAGAUUGAUUAUUACAACCUGACGAAGUUCUAUGGCACAGUGAAGAUAGACACCAUGAUCUUUGGGGUGAUUGAAUACUGCGAAAGAGGUUCUCUGCGGGACGUUUUAAAUGAUAAAAUCUCUUACCCUGAUGGCACGUUCAUGGACUGGGAAUUUAAAAUCUCUGUCAUGUAUGAUAUUGCCAAGGGGAUGUCUUACCUGCACUCGAGCAAAACUGAAGUCCAUGGUAGACUCAAAUCCACAAACUGUGUAGUAGACAAUCGCAUGGUAGUGAAGAUCACUGAUUUUGGCUGUAAUUCUAUUCUGCCUCCAAGAAAAGACCUGUGGACAGCUCCUGAGCAUCUCCGUCAUGCUGAUGUAUCUCAGAAGGGUGAUGUGUACAGCUAUGGGAUCAUUGCCCAAGAAAUUAUUCUACGCAGGGAGACCUUCUACACCAGACACUGCUGGGACAACAAAGAGAAACUUUACAGAGUGGAGAGUGGCAAAGGAGUGAAGCCUUUCCGACCAGACCUGUCAUUGGAAACAGUGGGAGAAAGACAGAUGGAAGUGUAUACACUAGUGAAGAGCUGCUGGGAAGAAGAUCCAGAGAAAAGGCCAGACUUUAAGAAAAUUGAGAAUACUUUGGCUAAAAUAUUCAGUAACUACCAUGGCCAGACCAAUGAAAGCUACAUGGAUACCCUGAUCCGGCGUCUACAGCUGUAUUCCCGGAAUCUGGAGCACCUGGUGGAGGAAAGGACAGAGCUAUAUAAAGCAGAGCGAGACAGAGCAGACAGGCUUAACUUCAUGUUACUUCCAAGGCCAGUAGUAAAGUCUUUGAAGGAAACUGGUCUGGUAGAACCAGAGCUAUUUGAAGAAGUCACUAUCUACUUCAGUGACAUUGUUGGCUUCACCACACUCUGCAAAUACAGCACCCCUAUGGAGGUGGUAGAUAUGCUGAAUGAUAUCUAUAAGAACUUUGACCACAUUCUUGACCAUCAUGAUGUUUACAAGGUGGAGACCAUUGGUGAUGCUUACAUGGUGGUGAGUGGUUUACCUAACAGGAAUGGCAACCGGCAUGCAGUAGACAUCUCCAUGAUGGCUCUGGACAUCCUCAGCUUCAUGGGAUCUUUUGAACUGAGGCAUCUGCCAGGUCUGCCUGUUUGGAUUCGAAUUGGAAUUCACUCUGGUCCAUGUGCAGCUGGUGUGGUUGGAAUAAAAAUGCCUCGUUACUGUUUGUUUGGAGAUACGGUGAACACAGCUUCGCGGAUGGAAUCCACGGGUUUGCCUUUAAGGAUUCAUGUAAGUGGUUCCACUAUUAACAUCCUGAAAAGAACAGACUGCCCAUUCCAGUAUGAAGUGAGAGGAGAAACGUACUUGAAGGGCAGAGGAACAGAGAUUACCUACUGGUUGACAGGUUCUGAGGACAAGAAAUACAAUCUCCCAACACCUCCCUCUGUGGAGAACCAGCAGCGGUUACAAGAUGACCUAGCAGAGAUGAUAACCAAUAUUCUUCAGAAAAGGAAAAAUGAAGGAUCCAAGACACAUAAGCUUUCACGGGUAGCUAGUUACCGAUCAGGUACCCUGGAAUACCUACAACUGGUCAGCACAGAGAAUUAUGACACAUAUAUUUAAAACUGGAUGUCUAGUAUGACUCAAAAAGCUGCAGCAGCUCUCUGAAGGACUUCAUAUAAAGCCUGGAGGCUUAUACUCUCAGCUAGAGGAGAAGGAAAAUAUCUUUUCAAGCAUCCUUUCAACCAGCUGACCUGCUAUCAGUAAAUUAAACCUCUCUUCACUGUAAUGUCGAAAUUGUUGGAUGACUUCAGUAAGACACAUGCAACCUGAUUGAGGUAAAUGAAAAUAUCUGCAUUUGAGUCUGGAAAAUAUUUGGUUUUGUUUGUCUUGGUUAGUUUUUUAAAUGGUAUAGCCUGUUCAAUAAUCCACUUCUGAAAAUAUUCAUAGCAAAGCCUUAAUUUGCCAAGAUUUUUAGAUGUUGUAUUUAAUUUGCAAUUUCUAUUUGAAGAAAGAUUUGGUGUAAUAUAUUUGAAAAUAUCAUUAAACAUGUAAUACGUAAAUCCUGGACAUGUUGCCAUUUUGCUUCUUCUGUUGGUUUCCCCUGUGUCUCACAUGUUUUGUUUAAUCAAGUUGACAUUGUUCAAGAGACAACACUUCUGUUAUUUACCUUGGGAGAUUAGUCCAGAAGCUGUAUGGUUUCUAAAGCUUAUCUGAAUCUCUUGAGCUUGCAAAAUGAGACUGGAAAUCUUGCAAAAACAGACACUUUCACAUCUUUUCUCCAUUUCUGCUUCUGCCCCCAAGCCAGAAGUGCAACAGAAAUGAAGAAACCCAACUUACUGAACUUAAACCUCAGAAACUUUCAAUUCAGCUUUUGGAUAAAGUUUCACAACCAGGCAAAACUCAGGUUUUACUCAAGUGACUUGCUCAUUAACUGACACCAUGGCAUUUAUAUUAAUAAACAGCUGUAAAAAGCAACCAAAACAGGGGAGGCAUGUAAAAGAAAAUCAGCAAUCACAUGAAGAAAUAACAACUAGUCACUGAAACUUUUGCAAAGGCCUUUUGGGCAUUGGUGGCUUUCAAAGCAGAGCUACUUCUUUCACCACUGUCAAAUAUUGGUCGGUAUUCAAACCAUAGAACUUGGUGCAAAGUCAUUCUUUUAUUUUUUUGAACAGCAUCUUUGUUCAAGUAAACAAAAUAUUUUAAAAAGAUUUAA